AUGAAAGAGAACUCAACAGAGACCAGUGUUAAUGUUGUCUUUGGAAAAGAUGAGAAAAAAGCUUUAAGUCCAUACGAGAAAUUAGUUUACGAAGCACAGAAUGAUGCUCGAUGCAAAGAAGAAGUCAAAGCUGGCCGACGCAUUGGUUUUUAUCGUAUCGUGAAGAAUAUUGGUCUAGGAAACUUUUCAAAAGUCAAACUCGGUGUACACCUACUCGCCAAAGAAAAAGUGGCGAUCAAAAUUCUCGAUAAAACUAAAUUGGAUAAGACUACUCAACGUUUACUUUCGCGGGAGAUCACAUCGACAGAGAAAUUGCACCAUCCGAAUAUCAUUCGUAUCUACGAAGUAAUUGAAACAGAUAGAGAAAUCUAUAUUGUUACUGAAUACGCUGCUGAUGGGGAUCUUUACACACGUAUAACCGAUCAUGGGAAGAUGCCCGAGAAUGAAGCGAAAGUGGUGUUCGCUCAAAUAACCGCCGCUGUCGAUCAUAUGCAUAGCAAAGGCAUUGUUCAUCGUGAUAUCAAAUGUGAGAAUGUUUUCUUUGGCAAACAACGUUUAAUCAAACUCGGUGAUCUUGGUUUCAGUACUUAUACGGAAAAACAUCAAAUGCUCACCACGUUCUGCGGUAGUCCGCCAUAUGCCGCGCCAGAACUGUAUCGAGAUGAGAGUUACGAGGGAAUCUAUGUUGAUAUUUGGGCAUUAGGUGUGACACUUUACUUUAUGGUGACUGGUUUGAUGCCAUUCCGGGGAGAAAAUCUGACGAAAUUGAAAAACGCGGUUAUCGAUGGUAAUUACUCGAUUCCUGCGUAUGUGUCUAAACCAUGCAAGGAGCUCAUCAAUGGGCUUCUAUCGUACGACAAACUCGAACGAUGGUCCAUCGAACAAAUUCGUUCGUGUACGUGGUUAACAAAGCAAUAUUUUCCUAAAGAAUACGAUCCAUAUACACUUAAUUUAAGUUACGAUUCGACUCCAUCAAGAAUAUCGUUUGAAUACGAGGCACAAACUCGUUUAGCAGAAUUGGGUAUUACACCUGAUGUUUUGAAAUCAAGAAAAGACUCAAGUUCUAGUGAAAAAACUCUUUCAACGCACGAUAAUGUUAAUGGUACUUACAGAAUUAUCUUACAUCGAUUGCAAAAACAGUCCACGCCUUUGGAACGUGAUGAUUUGUACGAGCAAGUAUUGACUGACGAAUCAACAACGCCACGAGCUCGAUCAAUGUCUGUAAAUAUCGAAAAUCGAGCACGAAAAGCUCAACAGAACAUGAACAAUUCCUUUCAUUCUCAUCCACAAAGAGCCAAAGUCUGUACGAUUCUAUAG